GUUCUCUUUUACUCUCAUUAUAAGAAUCCUAAGCCACUUUAUUUUCAAGUACAAAUUCUUAAAUGAAAAAGGUCCAGCUCUGUUCGCAACAUACAUAGAAUCUAUAAAACCGAUUCGAUAUUUUUGUACUGUCCACUGCAGCAUAGCUUUGUUUUUUGCCUAUAACUCACGAUAUAUGAGAGGUACGGGGACCACAAGCAUGUCAAUGUAUUCCCGAGAUCGAGAGCUUUCGAAUAUUAACUGAAAGUUGGUUGUGAUAUGUAUUGAAAAUUAUUCAUUUGUUUUGUAUAUUUUUCCUAUUUUUAUUAAUUCAUUAUUUGUAUAUGAUAAAAGGAAGAUGUUUAAGAAUAUUGUUAUUGGAAUAUCUGGAGGUGUUGAUAGUGCUGUGGCAACUUUUUUAUUAAAAAAAAAAGGGUUUAAUGUAACAGCAGCAUUUCUCAGAAAUUGGGAUACUGCUGAUGAAACAGGUAGAUGUUUGAUAGACGAAGACUUAAAUGAUGCUGAAUAUAUUUGUAAAAAACUGGAUGUACCUUUAAUUGAAGUGAAUUUUGUGAAGGAAUAUUGGAAUUAUGUUUUCAGUUAUUUUUUAAAUACUUAUGAAAAUGGUGAUACUCCGAAUCCUGAUAUUAUGUGUAAUAAAAAUAUAAAGUUUGAUUUAUUUUAUAAGUAUGCAAGAAACGUUUUAAACGCUGAUGCAAUUGCAACUGGACAUUAUGUUAAUACAUCUUUUGGACCCUACCUAGAAAACUAUCAAUCACAUACAAAAGUCAAAUUACUCAAGGGCAUUGAUAACGUGAAGGACCAAAGUUUUUUUCUGUCCCAAGUUCAACAAGAACCUCUUCAACGAUGUAUGUUUCCUUUGGCAUACUAUCGUAAAUUUAAAGUUAAACAAAUUGCCACUGAAAUAGGUUUGAAAAGAAUAGCGGAAAAAGAUGAAAGUAUGGGAAUAUGCUUUAUUGGGAGUCGAAAAUUUCAAAAGUUCAUACCUGAGUACAUAGAAGAUAAACCUGGAAAUUUCAUCGAUUAUGAUACGGGCAAAAUUGUCGGGAAGCAUCAAGGAUUUCAUUAUUGGACCUUGGGGCAAAGAAGUCGUAUAAGUGGUGUUGCAAAGCCAUAUUUUAUUUAUCGGAAAUUGAAAGAUACUAAUGAUAUACUUGUAGUUCAAGGAACUAAUCACCCUUGUUUAUACUCUUUAAUGGCUAUUACGUCUGAACCUCAUUGGAUUUGUGAAGAACCUUCCGAUCUAAAAAAUAGUAAUGCAGUAUUUCAUUGUGAUUUUAAAUUUCAACAUGCUGAACACUUGGUACAAUGCAAAGUAUUUCAAACUCCAUCACGAAAAUUAAUUAUUUCAGUAGAUAAACCUAAGAGAGCGAUUUCAUCAGGACAAUUUGCUGUUUUAUACUUGAAUAAUGAGUGCUUAGGAAGUGCACCAAUCAUAAAUGCUGGACCUUCAUUAUUGAGUUUAGGUAAAACUUUGUCUGAUUUUAAUGAUGACCAUGUAAAUAAUAAUGAUGAUACAAGAAGUAACAUGGUUAUCGAGAAUAACUAAAACAGUGUAUCUAUAAUCUAAAAUUAAAUGUAAAGAAGCUAAUUAUAAAUUAUUUUUAAUUAAUUAAAUAAUUGAUAAUUUUUUAGUUUA